AUGUAUAGAAACUUCCUCCUUGCAGUGCUGGCACUGCUUUCUGCAUCUGCUCAUGCUCAUACCACCUUCACGACCCUCUACGUUGAUGGUGAGAACCAAGGCGAUGGUGUGUGUGUGCGCAUGAACCGCAACCCAAGCAAAGCGAGCUUCCCCAUUGAGCCUCUCUCUAGCAAGGACAUUGCAUGUGGAUAUGACGGUGAAAAAGCCGUCGCGCGCGUCUGCCCCGCCAAGGCAUCCUCAACCCUCACCUUCGAGUUCCGCGAAUACGCCGAUGGCUCGCGCUCGGGCUCUAUCGACGAAAGCCACAAGGGUCCCUGCGCCGUAUACAUGAAGAAGGUCGACGACGCGACGGCCGACAACAACGCUGCCGGUGACGGGUGGUUCAAGAUCUGGCAGUCGGACUAUGAUGCAACUGCCGGCAAAUGGUGCACCGAGAAGAUGAUCGAGAAUAACGGGCAUAUCUCCGUGCAGAUCCCGGCUGAUAUCGAGGGUGGAUACUACCUUGUGCGGCCCGAGUUGCUGGCUCUGCAUGCCGCGCAGGAUAACCCGCCCGAUCCGCAGUUCUAUGUUGGUUGUGCGCAGGUGUUUGUGCAGUCGACUGGGACGGCUAAGCCGGCCACUGUCAAUAUUGGCGAGGGGACAUAUGAUUUGAGUCUGCCUGGUAUGACGUAUAAUAUCUACAAGACGCCGUUAGAGCUGCCGUACCCUAUGUAUGGGCCGCCGGUGUACCAGGCUGGUAAGACUGUGUCUGCCAGUCCUGCCCCUACCAAUACUGCUUCUGCCAAUGCUGGAUCCGACAAGUCUGAUUCUGCAUCUGCCAAUGCUGCGCCUGCCCCUGCUGCGUCCGGCAGCACUGGAUCCGAGAAGUCUGCCGAUACUGAGUCGGCCAUUACUACGCCUACCAAUGCAGCAUCUGCCAAUACUGAGUCCGGGAAGUCUGCCGAUACUGCAUCUGGGAAUGCCGCAUCCACCAACACCGAAUCCGAGAAAACAGAAUCAGCCCCCGCCAACGUCUGCAAGAACAAGACCAAGAAGAACAAAAAGAAGAAGCGCGCGAUGCUCGUCCAGAACAAAGGCCUCAAGCCAGAAGGCUGUAUCCUCGAACGAGACAACUGGUGCGGAUUUGAAGUGCCCUCGUAUACAGACGAGCAGGGCUGCUGGGCUUCAUCCAAAAACUGCUGGGAUCAAGCCGACGUAUGCUGGAACACGGCUCUCCCGACCGGCUCAGCACACUGCCAGAUCUGGUCCGACAAAUGCACGGCGCUCGACGCAUCAUGCAGCAACAAGGUGUUUCCUGGUCCGCCGAAUGCAGGCCAGGAUCUCACGCCGAAGAAGGCUUCGUUGGUGGGGUCUAUCAAGGUAUUUGGGCGGGGUGUACGGUCGCAUAUCAAGAGGAGGAGACAUGCUCAUGUUUAG